CUCUCAUUUUUCCUUCGAAUUUUGACCGCGGAGGGUUGGAAGUUAUAGCUGCUCCUCGAAACACCGGUAUUAUUUAAUUGUGCGCGCCUGAUAACUGCGAUAAUUUGAGCGCCAUGUGCGGUGGGUCCUUCUGCGGGAAAUAUAAUUCGGAAAGAAGUUAGAUCACCGAUUCCAAAAAAAAAACAACGGUGUUUUUUUUAUCUUGUCUUGCUUUGUUUCGCGGUAAAACGGUUCCUGGGAGAAGCAGGGACAUAGCGCAAAGUGGAAUCGAUCAAAACAAAGUGCAUGCUAAAAACAAAAAAUAUCAACAUGUUCGAACUGGAGGAUUAUUCGAGCGGCAUACACGAUGGAUUUUUCAGCAAAUAUGCGGAUGCGGCUGGACCAUCGUUGGACUUUUACGUUUCGGACUCAAUGCAGGAGAUGCUGAACGUAGACAUUCGCGCGGAGAUCGCCAAUGUGGUGGGCAGCUCCAGCAGCGACCUCACCCUGUCCCUGGACCAAACCCUGGAAGCAAUGUCCGCCAUGAACAACAACCAGGCCAGCGGAAACAGCAGCCUGCCAGUUUCGUACAAUGCCAAUGCGAACUUCCUCACAAGCAGCAGCGCACUCCACGCCUCGCCCACUGCCAAAUGGAUGGGUUCGUCGGCCAGUUUUUGGUCCAACACAGACUACUAUGCGGACUUGGGGGCCUGUGUGAACCCCAUUUCCGUGAUGCCACUGAUAACCUCGUCUUCCGGAUGCGGAUUGGCCUCGCCGAAGCGGAGCAAGACAGUGACAUGCACUCAGGGAAGAUCGGGCGCUGUGCCCUCGUCUCCCAACGCCGAAAGGGAUCAGCACAAGUCCCACCUGACCUUCUCGCCGGCCCAGAUGAAGGUCAGUGCGGGCUCCAUGCGGCGGGAGCAGGUGAUGGCCCACAUUCCCAAACAGAUAUCCGUGGUCACGGGAACCGGAACCACAGCACCUGCCACAAUGGCCACAAGUUCGGUGCUGCAGCGCCGUAACUCCUCGGCAGUCGAUGCAGUGCGCAAGGAUUUGGCCACAGAGCUGCGUAAAGCACAAUCCAGUCCAGUGCACAAUUCCGUCGAGGAGCUGGGAAAGGGAAAGGGAACCACACUGCUCACCGCGGGUGUUGGAGCCACCAAUACUAUUAAACUGGCACCCGGGAUCGGCGGUCUGACCUUUGCCAACAGUGCUGCCUACCAGAAACUGAAGCAAACCUCGGCCGUCAAGUCACCAGGUGGAAUCUCGCCAGGAGCGGGAUCCAAUAUGGGCCUCAAGCGGGAUGACUCGAACAAGCGAGGACUGCAGGCCAGCACCACACCAAAGAGCAUCGCCUCGGCGGCCAACUCGCCGCACCAUCAAAUGCAUAGCAACUACAGCCUGGGAUCGCCCUCAUCCAUGUCCUCUUCAUCGGCCUCCUCUCCCCUGGGAAACGUGAGCAACCUGGUCAACAUAGCGAACAAUAGCACCAAUGGAGCUGGUGUUGGUCUGGUAAAGCCCCUGCAGCAAAAGGUCAAACUGCCGCCGGUGGGCAGUCCGUUUCCCAAGCCCGCCUACUCCUACUCCUGCCUCAUCGCUUUGGCCCUCAAGAAUUCGCGUGCUGGAUCACUGCCCGUCUCGGAAAUUUAUAGUUUCCUCUGUCAGCAUUUCCCGUACUUUGAGAAUGCCCCCAGUGGCUGGAAGAACAGUGUGCGCCACAAUCUCUCGCUCAACAAGUGCUUCGAGAAGAUCGAAAGGCCGGCCACGAAUGGUAACCAGAGGAAGGGCUGCCGCUGGGCCAUGAAUCCCGAGCGGAUCAACAAGAUGGACGAGGAGGUGCAGAAGUGGUCGCGCAAGGACCCGGCCGCCAUACGUGGCGCCAUGGUCUAUCCCCAGCACCUGGAGUCCCUGGAAAGGGGAGAGAUGAAGCACGGAUCAGCGGAUUCGGAUGUGGAGCUGGACUCGCAGUCGGAGAUCGAGGAGUCCUCCGACCUGGAGGAGCAUGAAUUCGAGGACACCCUGGUGGAUGCCAUGCUGGUGGAGGAGGACGAGGAAGCCGAGGAGGAGGAGGAUGGUGAUGAGGACAUGCUGAGGGAGUUUGAGGCCGAAGAGGAGCGUCGUUCCCAUGCUAGCGGAAACCAGUCGAAUAACCUGCCCAUUAACCAUGCACUGCUUGCCCAGAAGAGAAGCGACUUUGAUAUUGAGGUCGACGAACUCUACGACGCCAUCGACAUUGAGGACGACAAGGAGGCAGUGCGUCGGGCCAUUGCCAACGGCCAGGCGCAGCACAUCAUUGAGCUGAAUCCUGCCGAUCUGAAUGCCAACGAUGGAUACCACCAUCAGCAGCAGCCGCCAUUGAAGCGGGCUCGCGUGGACAUCAACUAUGCGAUUGGCCCGGCUGGCGAACUGGAACAGCAGUAUGGCCAGAAGGUUAAGGUCCAGCAGGUCACCCAGCCGCAGCAGCAUCCGCCCACCUACAACCGGCGCAAGAUGCCACUGGUCAACCGCAUCAUCUAGAGCGGGGCACAGCCCCCCACCCAUUACAUUAAUCAGUUAGUCUUAGGUCUCUCGUAUUUAAGGAACCCAUGCUACGCUUACACAUAAUCCCUAAGCCCCCAUCACCCAAUAUCGAAUAUCGAAUAUCAGUUUUAAGUUUUCGGUUUCGUGUGCAGAACCCAAAAUGUUAUUCAAUCCCCCUUUAUUUGUAGUUCAGUUUGGCUGCCGUUUGAUUUUAAAUCUCGAUUUGAGCCUGAGCCAACGGAAAAAUAGCGGAGAGCUUGUCCCCUCUGCAUCCAGUUAAUUUGAAUCCUUUCUUUAGUCGCUUCUCGAAUAAAUCUUUAUUAAUUUUGUUACACGAACCCCGAAAUUUUGAUACACUUGACAAACUUCGAGUGAGUUUCGCCUGACGCUUGAGCAGAAAACUCAAUAGGUUCUAAUGACGACGCAUGAAACAUGUUAAUUAUUUCUCAGACUUGAGCCCUCGGGCGAUAGAGCUGUAACUUUUGAUUUGAUCUCCUACUGACAAAUGAAAUUUUAUUCUUCAGUUAAUAAGAACUUGACAAUGCAUUUAUGAGAACAUAACAAAAAUAAUGUGCAACACAUCGAUUAUUUGACAACGAAAUGUGAACAGUAGGUUUAUGUUUCCACCUUUUGUUGAGUAUUACAAUCAUUUUCAGCUUAAAUAUAAGAAAGUUGAAAGGUCACACAUACAAACAACUUGCCGGUCCAGUAUUCGUAUGCGAGGUAAAAUGCGGAUUUAUAUAGAACUUUUGUAUGUAUUGUAUUAUAUAUAUAAAAACUCAGCAAACCCACAAUUAUUGUCGGAAAGUUCAGUCAAUUAAUAAUACGACUAAUUAUUUUAAGCCGAUUCGGAAUGUAAAUAGUUUACACGCAGAGAAAAACUUGUAUACUAUGUGCUUAGCUGUAAGUAAGAUGUAUGUAAAUUUGUAAGCCAAACCCGAAUUCCAAAAGAAACCAGAUCCGAAAACCAAUAAGACUUGCAAGAAGCGUUCCCGACAAAGCCUCAGAAGUAAAAUAGUACAAAGAGCUAACUAAGUUACGGGCAAGUAAAACAAUGCAUUUACAAAGCCAGCUCAUGGAUGGCUCAUGGAUACAAAUUCAUCCAUCUGAUGUUCCGACUCCGUUUUCGCAUUCAACAAUUCCAUUGAACGAACCAACAACAUUCAUACAAUUCUUGUUGUAAUAUUACCACCUAACUAGCAUUCUAGCAUUACAAAAUAAUAUUUUACCCCUAAGUAACAACCUAUGUAAAUGAAUAAGCUAAGAAAGGACAAUUUUUGUAUAGAGUUGUUAGAAAAUCAAUUGACAAAACAUAAUUGAAACCAAAAAAAGAAAUAAAUAAAACCAUACUAAAAAUAUUAA